GCCCCCCCGGUACUCUGACCAAUGAGUGGAGCCGGCAUAGCAUCCUCCAGGGCCGACGGAGUUCGCGGGAAACCGGCUGUAGUCGAGAUACAUAAGCGUAAUAGGACCCCGGAUUACACAACCGUCUUUUAUGCUAAUACGGUGUAUGAUUAAUCGACCCAUUUCAAAGUGUUCCGGUUAAAAACGGAGCGGUGACACAGCUUAGAUUCGCCGUCAUCCAGGGACUGCUGCCCGGCUGCUGUGCUAACGCCGGACGCUCGUUAGCUCGGUCGUCUCAUUGGCUAACGGGAACACGGUGCUUCAUGCGACAGGACGGCGGAGAUAGCUACUGCUUGUCUUGGAAGAGACAAAGGGGCUGCCGCUGUCACACACGAAAUAAACUGUUAACAUGUUCAACUUAGACCGUUUUCGUUUUGAUAAGAAGGCAGCCACGACAGCAAAUAAAGAGCAGGAAAACGGGUCCGAAAGCCCGGAGUCUGAGAAGGAGAACAAGCCAGCUCAAAUGAAACCUGUCAAAGCCACACCAAAGUCCCAUGCCCGUGGAGUGGUUUUUGAGGAAGUCCUUACAAUUGACUUGGAGGAAGAUGAGCUCCUCUCUGAAACAAAGACCAAAACAACAUUAACCAGGAAGUCCAAAAAUCCUAUAGAGAAGUCAUCCAAAAAUGUGGCAUCAGAUCACACAGAUGAGGAGGACAACGAAUUGGAUGAUAAAAUGAGCGUAAUACUGGAGAUGUUUCCUCAGUUGACGAGGAAGGAGCUGCUGGAGGUCAUUGGGAGCACAAGCACAUUGGAUGGUGCCGUAGCUGCAUGCCUUUUAAGGUUUGGUGAUAAAGAAGCCUCAGACCAAGGCAGGAAGAGAAAGCAAGAUGGAUCCAGCAGUUCUCAGGACAGUGGUGAUAUUCAAACCAGCAAGAGGAGUAAGAUGGUAACAGUGGUUUCUGAUGAGGAUGACAGAGAGCCAAGCUGGGAGAAGCAGGAAGCCAUGGUCCGAAGACUGCAGAAAAAGUUUCCUGACCAGGACAAAGAGGAGCUGAGGAUGGUUCUGCAGGAACACGACUGGAAUGUUGAGGAUGCUCUGCAGGUUCUACAAAUGUUCUCAGACCCAGAUGAUACCAGUUUCAGCUCACCUGACGCAGAAGAAAAGAAAUCCAGUAAAUCGAAGAGUAAAGACAAGUCAAGCCAGGACAACAGGAAGUUGAAGCGCCACAAAGAUCACAGAGACAGUAAAUCCAGGAUAAAUCUAAAGGACCACAGAAAUAAUAGUGAAACAGAGGAGGAGAGUAAAGAUGAUACUGACGCUACAAAGGACAGCGACGGUUCAGAUUCAGACCACAGUGAAGCUGCAAACAACAGAAGUAGCACUUCCACUUUGUCUACAUGGCUUAAAAAAAGUUCUGACUCGGUAUCCUCAUCCUCAUCCUCUUUUGUCAAGAAAACAACUACCUCUUCCUCCCUGAAGCCAUCCUCUUCGUCCUCUACUGCUCAGAUGCUGUCCAGAUUUGCCAGUGGGACCAGUAUAGCUAAGAAUCAGGCAGCAGAGAGAAAGAAGAAGGCACGUGCCUCAAACGAACAAGUCAGCUCUGAGGAGGAAAACGACGAUGAAGAGGAAGCGGUGAGCAGCGAGUUUGAGGACUCUGAUGAAGAGCUGGAUUGUAAAGGCGGCAUGACAGAUCUGAAGAAAGAGAUGCUGGCUUUUUUCCGGGAUGCAUCGAUCGAUGAGCUGUCUCUAAUCGCUGGGUGCUCUGUUAAAAAGGCCCAGAAGAUUGUGGAGCUGAGGCCCUUUGAUGACUGGCAAAGCCUGAUUAAUGUCUUCAUUAAGGACAAAGGAUUGUCGGACUCAUUACUGCUGGGCUGCAGAGUCGUCCUCAAAGAGCGGAAGGUCGUCCUGGGGCUGAUGUCCAAAUGUAAAACCAUUUCCUCAAGAAUGGUCAAACAGGUCACUGAGGUGAUGGAGAGGGGCACAAGGUCCAUGAAACAGCCAAGCCUUCUGAACAGCCAAAACCAGCUGAAACCCUAUCAGCUGAUUGGUCUAAAGUGGCUGCUGCUUCUGCAUGAGCACAAACUGAGUGGUAUCCUCGCUGAUGAAAUGGGUUUGGGGAAAACUAUCCAGGCUAUAGCGUUUCUGGCCCAGCUUUACGAGAAGGGAAUAGACGGUCCUCACCUCAUCACUGUGCCGGCCUCGACAUUGGAUAACUGGGUCAGAGAGCUGAAGCUGUGGUGUCCAAGCCUCAAAAUUCUCGUCUAUUGUGGAUCUGUGGAAGAUCGCCGCUACCUCAGACACGACCUCCUCAGUGAUGGUGCUGAUUGCAACGUCAUUGUGACCACGUAUAACAUGGCCAUCGGAAACGAUAGCGACCGCGGUCUUUUCCGUAAGCUGCGUCUGAAGUAUGCUGUGUUUGAUGAAGGUCACAUGCUGAAGAACAUGAACUCUCUGCGCUACCGCCACCUCAUGGCUAUUAACGCAGAGCAUCGCUUGCUGCUGACAGGAACUCCUUUACAGAACAACCUCUUAGAGCUGAUGUCUCUUCUGAACUUCAUCAUGCCUUCUAUGUUCUCCAGCUCCACUACACAGCUCUCCAAAAUGUUUUCUAUGAAAUCCCAUGAGGAGCAGAGCCGCUUUGAGAGGGAUCGUAUUUCUCAGGCCAAACUCAUCAUGAAACCUUUUAUCCUCAGACGAGUCAAGAGCGAGGUCCUCAAGCAGCUGCCAGCCAAGGAAGAUAAGGUAGAGUCCUGCCCAAUGAGUGAGAAACAGCAGGUCCUCUACCAGACCCUCUUUAAAAAACUUAAGGCUUCCACCAAUGGCGAGAAACGUGAGUUGUGUAAUGUGAUGAUGCAGUUGAGGAAGAUGGCCAACCACCCACUGCUUCAUAGACAGUACUACACCACAGAAAAGCUCAAAGCCAUGAGUAAACUCAUGCUUAAGGAGCCAACUCACUUUGAUGCAGACGCUGCUCUGAUCCAGGAGGACAUGGAAGUGAUGUCAGACUUUGAGCUGAAUCGUCUUUGCCAGCAGUACUCCUCCCUCAGCUCCUACCAGCUUGAAAAAAAUCUCCUGCUUGACUCUGGGAAGUUCCACCACCUCACGGAGCUGCUGGCCUCACAUAAAAGCAAGGGAGACCGGGUGGUGUUGUUUAGUCAGUUCACCAUGAUGCUGGACAUUGUGGAGGUGCUGCUGAAACAUCUUAAGCAUCGUUACGUCAGACUGGAUGGAUCCACUCCCAUAGCAGACAGGAUUGGGUUGAUUGAUGAGUACAACACGGAUCCUGACAUAUUUGUGUUCCUGUUGUCAACGCGUGCUGGUGGCCUGGGCAUCAACCUCACCUCCGCUAACGUUGUCAUCCUACAUGACAUUGACUGCAAUCCCUACAACGACAAACAGGCAGAGGACAGAUGUCACCGUGUAGGCCAGACCAAGAUUGUAAAGGUGAUUAAGCUGAUCAGUAAGGGCAGCAUAGAGGACUGCAUGCUGCAGCUGAGCCACAAGAAACUAAAGCUGGAGCAGGACAUGACUGCUGCUGAAGGUGGUGAGGGGACCAUACCUGAAGACAUGGCGUCUUUGCUCAAAGCCUCACUGGGACUGUGAUCAGCAAACAUGAAACAUGAGACUGUACAAAUACAUUUUUGAUGGCAUUCCUGUGAUUCUGGCAAGAGUGUUGUGACUGAACACACACGUUUGUGUCUAUUCUGGAAAACUACUGAGAACCAUACGCUGCCAUGAAAAAAAAAAGUUCUGAUAUUGAGAUCUGACUUACUGUGUAGCAUGGUAGCUGUGCCUAAAACACUAUUUUUACAUGCACACAGUUUAUUGCUCCUACUUUGACGAGAUCAAUAUAUAAAGGCAGAACAAUAAAGUUGCCUUUUAUAAAUGUAAUGCACUCCACAUGUCAUGCAAGGUUUCUCUGUAGAAACGUGAAAGAAAUAGGUGUUUAGAAGUUCAGAUGAAACUGUCAGUAAUGCAGCAUGGGUUGGAGUACACCAUGGCGCUUGUAUGAACAAAGGUCAAUAAUUUAAGUUCACAUAACCCAUGCAGAUUAAAGGUACUGUAUGCUGGUAAGAAAAUUUGUGUAACCGCGAUGGAGUGAUAGAUUUCUAUACCAUCCUUCUUACACGACCGUGUUCCAUCUUUCCUGACGCACUUGCUCUUACUUCACAGUACUUAAAAAAUAUAUAUUGUUUACAUCAGGAUAUUUUUUGCUGCUGUGAUCCACAGUAACGUUUCAACAGCAGCUCACAACUGGAUUGAUAUUUUUUGGAGAAAAGUUGCGAUUCACAUGAAUUUCCUCUGAUACCAUACCUGAUCAACAUGUUUGAGCGUUGUGGUUACAUCAGAAAGUCAGCCAUGUAUCUAACAAAUUUUAUUCUCUGGUAGUGUAAUUGUCGUAUUUUAUCCUGAUGUCAUAUUUCAAGUAAAACAUUUUUGCAAAGGCAGACUGAUUGGCCUUUUAUAGACAGAACAUACAUGGCUUUGUUGAUAGAUUUAGUAAACACAAAUCCCAUUUUUUCUGGAGUGUAAAACUAUAAAAACUCAAACAUGAAAUAGAAUGUUUUGAAUUGGAUUCUGUGCUCUUUCUACCCCGUUAAGUAUCUUGAGCUAAGGGACACGGAGAGGUUGAUGAAGCAGCUGCUGCAUUAGUGCUGUAUAAGUGGCUUAUGUGUUGUAAGUGUACAAGUGUUAAGUGUCAAAGCUUUUACUAAGUCAUUUGUAUGUUUUUAAAGUUCCUGUUUGAACUAAAUAAUAAAAAUUGGAAUAAAA